AUGGAAAAUAAAAUUGAACGAGAAACCAUCCAGUAAGUGUCCGAAGGAAAGGAUUUUAUCAGUUAAGAGCGUGCUCAUCAAGUGUUUUCAGCGACGACUCCAUCAAUACAAUUAAUAGACUGGAGGGAAUGGAAGCAGAUGAGAAAUCUGAACCAAGACGGAGGAUUGAUGUUGAUAGUGGAUACCCGGGGAGAGCAGUCCGAAGUACCAGAGGCCGAAUCCGCCGAGGAGACGAUCAAAACAACAAGUCUUCAUGUGGAAACUACAUCGUCAACAACCACAACUGA